AUAAAUAAAUUAAUUAAUUCUCCGGCGAAUCAUUUGUUUGCGUAAAAUCUGCGAGGAGUCCUUGUUUCAGUCAAAACUGUUCGUCAUUCAAUCGUUAAGGGAAAGAGUUUUAUGACUUUUGGGGUGAGCAAAAGUUGUGGCUGGAGUUGUAUUGAACAAAAGUAAUCAGUUUCUUGUUUUUGUCACACACUCACACAGUGAUGUGUCAUCAGAAAGUGCUGUGAUUUUCGAUAAUACAAAAAAUAAGUGUGCAAUAGAAUUCGGAAAAAUUUAUGGGGAGGAAUUUAUGAGCACUGAUUUGCUCUGAUUUGAGGAACACAUACAAGUUAGGUGUAUCAAGAUCGGCCUUUUAACUCUCGCUGACUAUUCGGAUUUAAUUUCGGAGUUUGUCUAGCGUUCGAAAGAAACAUUAGGGGAUUCUUUCGUACGUUAAGCUCUGUAUAUUCAACUACAGCGAGAUGCAAAGAGUGCGAGUUUCGUCACAACAAGCUGCCGUGCACAAGCUUGGCGAUUCACAAAUGACCCUCUCACCAAAGUUUCGAUUACCAGCAGCGCGUUCCACCAUAACCGACCACGCACUAGACUUUGAUAAUUCUCUUACAGGAGAGCCCUUGAUUCCAGGAUUCCCCGAUGAUGUGGCACUACAAUGCCUCCUCCGUGUACCGGUAGAUCAACACACGUCAUGCAAAUCCGUAUGCAAGCGUUGGUAUUCGUUAUUCGGAAGCAAAGAGCGCUUCUUCACUUUGAGAAAAGUGCUUGGUUUUCACGAUCCGUGGCUUUUCGUAUUCGCGUACCACAAAUGCACCGGAAAAAUCGAGUGGAAGGUUCUAGAUCUUACUCACUUAUCCUGGCACACAAUUCCGGCUAUGCCUUGUAAGGAUAAAGUUUGUCCUCAAGGUUUUAGGUGUGUUUCGAUUCCACACGAGGGGGCCCUUUUCGUAUGUGGGGGGGUGGUUUCCGAUGUGGAUUGCCCACUUAAUUUGGUACUGAAAUACGAGGCUCGUAAAAAUCGUUGGACUGUGAUGAAGAAGAUGGUCACAGCCAGGUCUUUCUUUGCGAGCGGGGUUAUAAACGGAAUGAUAUAUGUUGCUGGUGGGAAUAGCACGGACUUAUACGAGCUCGAUUCUUGCGAGAUGAUGGAUCCAAAAAACGGUUCGUGGAGCCCCGUUUCGAAUAUGAGAACACACAUGGCGUCGUACGAUUCGGCGGUUCUUGAUGGGAAGUUUCUUGUGACAGAAGGGUGGUUUUGGCCAUUUUAUGUUGUGCCUAGGGGUCAAAUUUACGACCCGAUGACUGAUAAUUGGGAGAAUAUGCCAGCUGGACUUAGGGAAGGGUGGACGGGAUCCAGUGUGGUGAUCCACGGGAAUCUUUUUGUAGUGACGGAGCAUGAGAGGACGAAAUUGAAGGUUUAUGACUCGGGGAAUGAUUGCUGGGAGGUUGUUGAAGGGCCGCCUUUGCCGGAGAAUAUAUGUAAGCCCUUUCGGGUGAAUUGUUGGGAGAGUAGGGUUUAUGUUGUGGGGAGGAAUUUACAUGUGGCUGUUGGGUAUGUUGUGGAGAAUUACGAGAUUGCCACCGGUGGAAAUGGGAAGAAGGGGGGUAGGUUUUGUGUGAGGUGGGAAACGGUGGAUGCUCCUGGGAGCUUGUUCGAUUUGACGCCUUCGAGCGCCCAGGUUCUGUUUGCUUAGAAAUAUAUAUAUAUAUGUUUGGUUUGUGUUUUUCUUUUUUCUUUUUUUUUCCGUUUGUGGUAUGUGUUUGUGUUGGUGUUGGUGAUAAAUUAAGUCGUACGAGAAAGUACCGUAAUGUUAGAGAGAUUGUAUGUGUGAGAUGGCUGUUGUAUAAAUAUAUAAAGAUAUAUUUAUAUAUCUAAAGUUUUUCUUGAAUUUGUAUGUGUGUAUUUCGCGUUCGGUUUGUAUGUUAGAUGUAAAUAUUGGUAUUGAUCGUUUCUUCUCGUUA